AUGGGCGAUCUCGCAAACCGCCAAAGCCCUCUGGCAGGCGACAAACUCUUGGUAUUCCUCUCGUCACCGGAGAACACGGAAUGGACACGCAGGAUCUCGGAGCGCUUCCCCGGCCUCAAAGUCUGUUGGGAGUCCAACUUGAAGCCCGGCGGCGGCUUUCUCUUGCCAGACGAACUGUCGGAUGAGGUGUGGGAUGGCGUGACGAUAUUCAUGGCGUUUAAUCCGCCGUCCCCGCAUCGCAUGUCCAAGGUCCGCUUCGUGCAGUUGACCUCUGCCGGGGCGGACAGGUGGCUUGACCACGAGGUCUAUAAGGACCCCAAUGUUUCGUUUUGCACAACAAAUGGCUGCCAUCCGCCGCAGAUUGCGGAAUGGGUGAUUGGUACAUGGCUAGCUCACCAGCAUCAUUUCCAGCGAUAUGUCAACCACAUGAAGGAGGGGUUCUGGGAGGGGCCCAUGGAGGUAGACUUUGAAGACUCAGUCGGCCUUCGCAUGGGCGUUUUGGGUUACGGCGCAAUAGGUCGCCAGUGCGGUAAAGUCGCGCAAGCGAUGGGGAUGGAGGUAUACGCGUACACCAGAGGCGAGCGCUCGACCGCCGAGUCUCGCAAAGACGACAGCUACUGCGUCCCCGGGACCGGGGACCCCGACGGACUGGUACCGGCCAAAUGGUUCCACGGCGCAUCCAAAGAGGCUAUCAACCACUUUUUGAGCCAAGACCUGGACCUCUUGGUGCUGGGCCUGCCCCUCACCGAGGAAACCAAAGGGCUCAUUGGCAAACAGCAAUUUGAGAUUCUAUCGAAACGCAAGACGUUUGUUUCGAAUAUCGCCAGAGGUCCCCUCAUUCAGACGGAUGCCCUCAUUGAAGCUCUCGAGGGUGGCAAGAUCCGGGCGGCUGCGUUGGAUGUUACGGAUCCGGAGCCGCUUCCGAAGGAUCACCCACUGUGGAAGGCGCCGAACGUCUUCAUCACGCCUCAUGUCAGUUGGAGAACGGAUGGGUACUGGGAACGAGUUUUGGGAGUCUUGGAAGCGAAUUUGGAGCGCAUAGAUGCCGGCAAGCCUCUUAUUAAUGUGGUGAACAAGAAGCUGCAUUACUAA